GCUAGCUAGUUUGUUUCCUAGCUGUUUGCAAACAUGGCUGGAGACCUGCGAGGCUUUGCGCUGGAGAAAGCCGAGCUGCUUUCCAGUCGUCUGAAAGAGCUCCUGUCCUCUGGAGAAGAGUAUGUCCGGGCUCAGUUUGGGGUUGAUUUGGGUCUGAAGCCGGAGCUGUACCCGACCUGGGUCAUCCUGCUGAGCACGGCCGUGGUGGGGCUGCUGCUGGCGGCCGUCUGCGGAGCUCUGCUGGCCGGGAAGAAGCGCGGAGGCUGCGGCAGUAGAGGAGGCAGUGAGCACGAUAAGGCCCAUGUAGCCAAAACUACCAAACCAGAAGAACAAAAGAAAAGGAGCAGAAAGAAAACCCAGGAAAAGAAGACUCAAUCCAAUGGACAACCAGUGACCGUGGCUCAAGAGGAAGUUCAAGUUACUGAGGUGGUUUCCAAAUUGUCCCCCCAGAUCAAAACUGAGAAGGUGCGUGAGGUACAGUCACCGGUGCAGGUGAAAAAGAACAAGAAGAAAACCAAGACAGAUGUGAAACCGGUCCAGAAAGUGUCUACGAACGAUGGGAAGGAACCUGAUGAUGGUGCAUGGGAGACUAAAGUCAGUAACCGGGAGAGGAAGCAGCAGCGCAGGAAGGACAGGGGCCCUGAGGACUCCGGUAGCCCAGGAAGUGUGGAGACCCCCAAGACCCGUGGGGAGUCACCUGCAGCCACAGUGCCCACCAAUACUAAGAAGAACAGAGGAAACCAUGAGUCCCUGCAUUCAAGAUCAUCUGGUAAAGGUGACUCCCAGCCACCCAGCAGGAGAGAGGAGCCUUCAGUCAAUGGUGGACGGUGGACCGACAUUUCCUUGAAGAUACCCGGUCAGAUGGGGACUAUGGAGGGGACUAAGUGGAGUGCCAUCCACACAAAUACACAUUACAGGACCCAACCUGAACCCCAGUCCUGGGGACAGGAGACUCAAGCAGCAUGGAGUGGCAUCAAUGGCCGAAGUAAGACUGAAAUCAACCCUGCGUCGUUCUCCAUGCUGGGACUAAACACCACAGAUUCAGUAUCAAAUUCAAUUGGGCUUCAGUGGACGAGACACCCAGAAGUUGAUGAUGAAUGGUCUGGAUUCAAUGGGGUGGCAGCAGUGGACCCCAGCUCCGACUGGAAUGCCCCAUCGGAGCACUGGGGAAACUAUGAAGAGCCUCCCGUGUUGGCGACACCAGCCCCUCCCCUGAAGGAGCAGCCCGCCCCUAGCAAGGUAUCAGAGGAUGAGAAGGACUCCGAAGAUCCUGCCGGGGGAGCAGCCAAAUCCAAGAAGAGGAGAAGAAAGAAAAAGAAAACAGAAGAAGAGGCUGCAUCUGAGGCUCAGACGGCGAGCACCGUGCCCCAGGUACCCAAGCCCCAAGAGCUUCCUGCGCCAGCCUCCAAAAAGCAGAAUCCCAGCAUAUCCUCCUCUCAGAAGAAGUCUGAGCAGGUUGUGGAGCCUCCGAAGCCGUCCCAAAAGAAAAAGGUCAGAAGGGAAACAUGAAGUCACAUCACAGGUCUACACAAAACUUAUGCAAAUGAUUGUUAAAAGUGUCACAUGCAAUAAUUACCAGGUACAGUUUCUUUCUGAGAUACGUUAACAGUUUAUCAAUUACCGGAAGAAAAAAAAAAAAGAAAACAAGCAGCAAAUAUCAACCUGCUUGACUAAAUAAAACAAUGAAAUGUGGUCCUAUGGACUUAAAUCUUACCUAAUUUGCACUAUUUGCUACACUGCAAACAAGAGUGGAGUUUCAGGAGAGCAGUGGAGGUACAUGUUUAUGUUCAUAUUUUAAAUGGCAUCAAAAGGGUUUUUUUCCCUCCAAGAGUUGUUUGUUCAUCAAUUUUAACCCAAAAAUAGAAAACGGGUUUUAUUCAUUUUUUAUUUUUUGCUAUAAGAAAAUUUUAAUUUCCAAGAAAAACGCAUAUUUUUUGCUCCCCCAGAAUGUUGCACUUUUUUUUUGUUUACAAUGCUGCCGGCCGUCCUUAUAUGAAUUACUGAAAUGUGUAAGAGCACGUUGCAUAUGAGUGCUGGUCUCAGAUCAGUUCACACAACACUCACAUACCAUAUGUACACUCAAGGCUGUGAAAUGAUAGUCAUAGAGCAACUGUAAUGUAAAAAAUGAGGGUGAAAAAUCUAAAAUCCUGGUUUUGUGCAAAAAUGCACUCUGAAGUUCAUUUAGCGAAGUUAAUGUGGGACACACUGAUGGUUAUUAUUUGAUUGUCUUUUUUGUUCCCUCUUUGUGUUUCCCCGCUGAGCUGCGGCGGAAUAAUACGUCCCAUUAGUCACAUGUAGGUUUGUUGCUGGGACAAAACAUCAGCGAUAACCUACAUGUGACUGUCAAGACAAAUAUGUCAGACUGCCGAGGCCUCGUUUCAGUUUCAGUUGAACUUCAAAAUCAAUUUUUGCUUGACACAGUGAGUUUAUAUCUUUUUAUAUUUGUGCCACAUUUCUUCUGGUGUAGUCGCUCUGUGAAGAUAUCAUCGCACAGCCUCGAUGGACAAACUGUACCUAUGACAUAUGAGAGUGUAAAAUAGACUCAAACUUAACCGUACAAACACUCAACAUCAAACAUUUACUUCCUGUCGGCCCCCUAGCGGAAUGACAGCUGUGGUUAGGUUGAAGUACAUGUCAAUAACAGUGAUGACAAGGUUUCACCGCAGCGAACUAAGUGUCCUCCUUACAACCUUUACUGCUGUGAAAUCCACCUUCCUGCUUUCCAUCUAUACGAUCACAUGUUCCAAACAUUCAUAGUUUUGUCAAAAUAUUGAUCCUCUUGAGUUUAUAGAGGGAAAGAAAGAGUAUUUAGCCAUAUUUUGUUGAAACUAUGACGAUAAAAAACUUUGGGUUUACAGAUGAACAGCAGAAAAGUUUAUUUUGGAUGAGAUGAAUUUUUUUUUUCACAGCUAUAUUUGGAAUUUGGACAUAAAAAAAUCCUGAUCCUGGACUCACACUGGGGACUGUUGAUAAGUGUUACGUAGAGAGCACAGUAACAGAGUUGGACCACCAGGAGGUGCUGUAAUGUGAAGUUAAGCAGCAGUGGGAAUGCAGUAGCACUAUUUAAGUAUUGCCCCCUUGACUUUUAUCUGUCUGAGUAUGUUUGUUCUUAUCAGACUAGACUGUGCAUUGAUUUUUCUAGAGACAUUUAUGGUUCCUUCUGCACUCUACAUGAUUUUUAAAAAAACCCUUUCUCUCUUUUUUUCUUGUGCUAGAAAAAGCCAUGCCAUUAUGUACAGAUUGUAAGGGCUUUUUUCCAGUUCUGUGAUUGCACUGUGCAAAAGGCUGUAUUGAGUUCCUUUUUUUUUUUUUUUAAAUGUAGAUUAAUUGUUUUUUCUACCUUUUUGCUGAAUGUUAAACGUGUACCUUUUGGUUUGUGACUGACUUCCAGGAUUUAUGAUGGAGGAGGGGAAAAAAAGUUCUUUUGGACAUAAAUUGAGAUUGAAGACAUACAUAGAGACAGAUAUUUGAGCAGCUUUAAUUCCACGUCCGUUGAUUUUUGAACAACACACACAUGCGCACACACACACACACACACACACAGUAUAAUACAUACAGGAAUUUAAUUGACUCAACGUUUUUACAAUUAAUUCCAUUGCCUUAACCUGUAGUUGUAUAGAAAGUGCAUUUGCGAAUCUUUUUUAUAGUUUUCAUCCAAUUGCAAGUUUUGAUGUCAGAAUUAAUUUAAUCUUGCAUGACUUUGAUAAUAGUACUUUGUGUACAUGAAAUUAAAACGAGCGAUCUCUUGCUUUAACUGUAAGUACUUGGUCCUGGAGUACCACUCAAUGUAUAUAUACUGUGAUCGGAGACAUAUUGCAGUUUUUCUGUGGGGCAGCCGAUUGAGUGGAGACAAACAGGACUGUUGUUGGUCGGCUAAUGAGCCUUAUUAAUGCAUCACGGUGUUGAUCAGCUGGUGAUGGUACAUAGUUGUUGGUAGACCUGAUAGAUCAUAAAGAACAAAAAUGAAAUGUUGCUGUGGCAGCAGACGCCUUUUUUUUUCUUCAUUUGAUUUUUACUGAUGAUUUAAGAUGAUUUCAAUCAAUGUAUUUAUAUACUGUGUCACUAGGAAAUGGUUUUGUGAAUGAUUUUCUUUAUUGAGGAGAUUCAAAUGAUAUUUCUAUGUCGAAAAUGAAAAAUAAAUAAGAAAUGCUUGAUAUCA